UACCUGGAUGAAGGCUGGGGUGGGAUUCGGGAGAGCUCCGCAGGGUGCAGCCUAUAGUGCUUUUCUUGACUAGUGGCCAUGUCCUUGCUCUUUGGAUUUUCUACUGCAUGUCCACCAGAAACCACUUCCUUGUUUUCAGGAACUCAUGAGGGUUCUGUACUCAGAGAAGCUGCAAGCAAAGAAAAACAAAUUGUUUCCCUCAACAGUCAAAAGAGUAUUUGGGGCCUACAGCAUGGAUGUGAUCACAAGCAUGGCAUUUGGUGUGAGUGUAGAUUCCCUCAACAACUCAAAGGAUCCUUUUGUGGAAAAGACCAAGAAGCUCUUAAAAAUUGAUUUAUUUGAUCCAUUGUUAAUGUCAGUAGUACUCUUUCCAUUUCUUACACCAAUAUAUGAGAUGUUAAAUAUCUCCAUAUUCCCAAAGGAUUCAAUAGCAUUUCUCAAAAAAUCUGCGGGUAGAAUAAAGAAAAAACGCCUGCAUUCUAACCAGAAGGUAAAAAAUGGUGGUCUCAUGAGAAGACCAGGGUGUGGUUAUGUAUUGGGCUGUGAACAUAUCAGUUCUAUCAAUAAAGAUUGUUAGAAGAGGCUAUAUUUAGACAGAAAAAAAGAAUAUUUUUAUUUCUUGGGGAGGAAAAGUUGGAAUUUUGAAAAACUGAUUGAGAGUGAACCAGGAAUUAACUCUUAGCAAUAGUAAUGAAAUGAAGAGUGCCCUGACUAAGGACUGAAAUUAAUAAAAAAUGGUAAAGUACAGGACCUGAAUAGAUAACACUACCAAAUCUUCAAGAUAAAUGAGGGAGGACCUCUCCAAGUCCCACACCAUCCUGAGGAACUAUUGGUUGUUGGUGACUGCAGAGAGAGGGUAUAGCCACCAGUACGUUUUCCAUGCACCAUCAGAUAUUCCUAUAUCCAGGCACAUGUGGGUGGUAGCACUUGGAUUCAGUGGGUUAUUUAAGAAGAGGUCAUAAAGUUUGGAGGAAGAAAUGUUACAAGGGAUAUAUAAAAUAUUAAGAGGGGAAAAUACUAUUUUCAUCUGCUUCAAAAUCAUUUUCAAAAAAAUCAAUGUUAUUGUUUAAAAGUGUAUCUAUUGUAAUUUAUUGUAAAAGUGGUUGAUAUAGUUGCUGGAUUGCUUCCUGGUUUAGCCACGGAAGUCUCAAAGAACACUAACCAUGCUUGUGACUUUAAGGAAGCUACAUUCUCAGAAAGGAGGGUAAGCUUCUGCACUCCUGAUCCAUCCCUGAGCUCUGACCUCACCAUUGACAUUCUAUUUUACAACUUCUCUUUUUGU